AUGCAAAAGGAUGAGGAUUUCUGGUUUGAGGAUGGAAACAUCGUCAUCAUUGCCCAGGAUAUCGGGUUCCGACUCCACAAGAGCAUCCUCUCAUCCGUCUCUCCCAUUUUCCGCGACCUCUUUUCCGUUCCACAGCCUGAGAACGCCGAGACGAUGGAUGGCUGCCAGAUCGUGCGUGUAUCGGACUCUGCGAGUGACCUUCGCCAUUUCUUCCGUCUGGUGAUCAGACCUAUCUUCGACUUCCUUAAUUCCGGAUAUAGGCCUUCCUUUCGUAUGCUCGCCGCUAUUUGCCGUGUCGGCCACAAAUACCAGGCCGACGCAGCGGUGGAAGCCGCUGCUCAACGGAUCGAAGGAUUCUUCCGCGGAUGGCCUCACACGCUCCAAGUGUUAGGCAAGAGGCAGCUGACCAUACCGGGUCUUAACUGGGAAGCCUUUUGGUCAAUGCACCAAGUGAUCCAGCGCACUAGCGCCACGAUUGAAGAUGCGAUCGAAGCGGUCAAUCUUGCUCGACUGCUGGGCCGGCCAGAUAUCCUACCUUUCGCGCUGUUCCUGUGUUGCGCGGGGGACGCGCUCCACUUGCGGGAUGGCGUUCCUCGGGAGGAUGGCACGGUCGAGCGACUCUCCAGCGAGGACUACUUGAAAUGCUUCAAAGCCAUCCCCCAGCUGCUGUCGACGUGCUCGACCGAUGUCCAGUCUCUCCCCGCUCACUGGAAGGAGUCGGGCUCGUCGCCCGAGUGCUCCCGCCCGGGAGCAUGCCUAGAUGUGUUUAGGAUGAUGCAUGCCGAGGACGCAACAGAGCACUACGUGCCCGUAGUGACGGAUCUGUUCACUUCGGGCUAUGCUGCUGUAUCGAGCGUGAGGAUUAUCUAA